GUUUGGGUGGCCGACCCGCAGUCCGGCCAGGUGCGGUCCACGCUGCGGUUUCCAGUCGAGAACCGCGCUUCCUGGGGGUCGCUCCGGGUGAGUAAGAGCUUCCUGGUGUCCUGGAACAAGAGUCUAGGGAGAACAAUUUCCGUCUACUCCCGCGAAAGUUUUGCGCUGCUCUUUCAGUUGGAGAUCGGCGCAUCAGGGUCUUCAGAGGCAGCCGACAAAAGUCCCGCGACCCAGAUCCUAGACGUGCACUUGGCGGAGAACGUGAAAAUUUCCGACCAUUUGUUCCCAGCACCAGUCCUUGCGUCGCAGCUGGUCGUGGUUCACAACGACGGGGUGCAGGUCUUUCUGAUUCCCCCGAGCGGUUGCGCGAUGCAGGAGUUUGUGCGCACGUUUUGUCUGCGCAGCGAGGCUGUGAUCGCAAAUUCCGUUUCCGCCAAAAUUCUGGCCGAGUACUGCGUGCGGCACCCGGGCGCGUUCGGGUUGCCGGACCUGGAAUGCCUUCUGAACUUUUUCGAGACAUACACAGAAUCAACCGCUGGCGGUUCUUUUCGGGAAGACAAAGCAAUCGAAAGCGGUGGGGCGGCCGACGUUAUUCUCGUGGACGACGCGGAUGUGCUGGUGAGGGAAGGCACCUCGUCGUCGUUUGCCGAGGAAAUUGAAGAGGAACUUGUCGUGCCCGAUGAGUUCAAACAGCUCGUGGAGCGCUUGGAGCUGCGUCAACAGGAACCCCCCCGCGUGCUCACAAACUUUCCGCUUCUUGCGGGACCCGCGCCGGUGAAAUCCGUUGCGUUCGACUGUCUCGAGCAGCGCGUGUGUCUCAAUCUCAGCGCGGACGCGGAUCAUUGGAGCGGGGAUGGUGCUGCUACAGGCGACAGGAGUGGCGCAGUUGAAGUCACAGACCAGGACCUUAACUGGGAUCUGUACUGCAAACUGCGCCGGGUUGUGCCCCCGCUGGGUGCAGCAGCUGCGAGCAGGCAAAAGACGGAUCGCAGUGUCGGCAACGUCAGUGCGCAAAACCUCAGAGACGUCGUCACAAAGGAGGAUGAGAACUUGAAUAACAGCUCCACCGGUACUUUAGCCGACAUGGACAGCGGGGAUAAACAUCCUCCAACAGGCACUGCGACCAUUCACGACCCGUCAGGAUCUUCCGCAACCUUGAAACAAAAGCAACAACUCUCCGCGCGUUACCUGUCCCGCAUACGGCAGCGGGUUUUCCCGCCCCUACUGACGGAGGAGGUGUACCAAGUGACGCAGGGCGACAGCGUGUGGGAUGUUUCAGAGGCCGCGGUGCAGUAUGCGGAACAAGCUCUGCGGUACCUCGACUACGUACUUACCGAGGACCAGCCGAGGGAGCCGUUCGUGGAGCAGACGGGGCUGGUUGCAUUCGAGAUCCUGUGCUGUCGGGGGGAGAGCUGCGACGAACCGGAUCGAGGUGCGGUAGGACUUUCGCAGAAAGGUGGCUAUGCGGCGUCUGGGUGGCCUAGCUUCGGCGCGAGAGAACGCAGUCCUGGAGGCGUGUCGAGGUCGUCCUGUUCUCGCGGAUUUGAGGAGGCAGCUGACGACGAUGAGGACUUGUCUUGGCGAGACUACCGUAGAACUUUUACUGUUUUUCCGCAAUGAAAUUUUUUCUAUGAUGGCUUUGUUUCCUCUUUUUGCGAGAAUUAUGGCGAAUGACACAAAGAUUUCCCUUGGAAAGAAAACCUUCACUCCAAUCAUUCACAGUAACCGACCACCAGUGGACAGAACGACGCGCCUUGGACUUCUGCGAAACGUUUCUGACACCAGAGCGGUGCCUGCGCGUUGCCUACCGUGCCAACGGGCUGCGCUGGCGGCGCGUCUGCAAGUGGGUCUUCGCUAAGCUGCAUGACAGCGAAAUCCAGCAAGCGGCCGAACAGAUCAAGGUGAGCUUCAACCCCGUGCAAACCACCGCCCAGUACGCCGGUCUUUUGCGCGCCUGUCGCGACGACGCAGACCUGGCCUGCUACCACUUUCCUUUUGUAUUGCCCUGGAAUUUGGCAUUGGCAGGAGGACCAGAGAAAAGCGAGACGUCAGAACAAACCGAUCGGAUUGCAGCUGCUGCAGGCUCUCCGUCGGGAGACGGGCGUAACGCCAAUGCAAAUCUCGCCGAGCAACCGCACGUGCGCGAAGACACGUCAAGUACACGUCUCCACAGCGCCGGCGGUGCAGCGGUAGGUGCGGAACGGCAGCAGAAAAAACGAUCUGCUAACGCGCAGGAUCGCUCGGAAAAAUUCUAUCAAAGUCCGCGUGCGCUCAUUCGCUUCUGUGCGCGGCUCUACGAUGCGCUGCUGCUUCAACAGCAACCGCAGUCGGGAAGUGUGAACGCGUUUGAGAACAGUACUGCUGCUGGAAGUUGUUUUUCGCAAAAAUCACCAAUCGUGCGCCGGGAGUUCCCGCUCCCCCGGGCGGAGCAGCGACGUCGGGUUGAGGCAGAACUGCGGACGAAUUUGUUGGAGUUGCUGCGCGGGGAUCCCACAAGCCUGCACGUAGAAGCGCACCCACUGCUGCAGACCCUGCGCAUUCCGACACACGAGUUCCAUCAGCGAGGCCUGGAAGAGCGAAAAGCCAUCCUGCGAAAAGGACUUGCGCAAAAGAUGCAGUUGCCGUCGCUGGGCUAUGCGCGAACCUUGCGGAGGGAGACGUUUGCUCGUCCUUCAAGUGGAGCUACUUCUUAUGAAGAAGGUGAAAAUCGUGGUCGACAUCAUCCGGCUGUCGACACGACCAGCUCGCAGCCCCAUCCGCGUAGAAGUUCCCUCGACACGAGUAGUACUGGUCCCUUGACAUUUCAGCUCGAGUACCACGCAACCGCACGAAAAAGUCGCAGCAAGACACCAACGUCGCACGAAACGAAGCAACGACCAGGUCAGAAUAUGGGGUCAGUCGCGCACGGAGGUGGUAGGAUAUCCGAGCAGCAUCAGCCCCACCAUCCGGUGAAAGAACCAGCAUUAGCACAAAACACGGCGCAACAGCUUCAACAAAGUGAUUCAUUGCCUCUGGUGUCAGCUGCACUCACCCCCCACUUGUCCGUGCCACGCAUAUUCGAAGCGGACGCAAUGUACCUGAAUGCGAUGCGCGUACUAUGCUGCGAAACGCGUCAGUCGUGGCUGCGAUUGGUCCUUGACCUUAUUCCAAGGAAGAAGAAAGUCGCGGGGCCGCAGGAGGACAAUCAUGUCUACAGCAAUGCCGAGCACAUAGCGCUGCUCUGCAGCCGUGACGUCUUGCCUCUGUCUGGUGCGAUGGCCGCACUCUGUGACGAAAGCGAGCAGUUUCUGGACAGUAUUCCCAAUCACAUUGCGGACGCGCUGCUCGACCAGAUGUGGUGUAAAGUGUAGUCGGGUCUUGUACCAGAAUUCUGCCCGCUCUUGCGAAAUGGAUUCCAAACGCAACAUAGAUUGAGAAUGCGCAACAUGCAACACUUCUCACCUUCGCUGCAUCAGC